AGCGGACAAUAGUGACGAAGGGCUUUUCCUCAUUGGCUAUUUCUCAUUGUGUUAUCCCCGCAACGUGAAGUAACAAGACCCAUUGUAGUACUGUACCUUACUCUUCAGAUCUGCAAUGAGUUGUUUUAACAUGUAUACGGCGUUUCCUCCAUGUCUUGUUUACAGUAAAGAUAUAAAUAAUGGCUCGACAUCUAAUCUACAAUUGUCAAAAACAACGACAUGCGGUCCGAUCGUUUGCCAAGAACCUUUGGAUUUCUCCAUGAAAAAAGACAAUGCAGCUUCGAAUACUUUAAGCAAAGAAAGUCUGUCAACUGAGUCCUCGCCUUCUGAACAAAGUAUAGGACAAGUUAUGGAUCAGCUUACGGAUUCUUUGCCAGGCCCUUCCGUAGUUAGAAAAAGACCCAGAUCGCCGACUUCUGUUCCUUUAAAAAAGUAUAAGUAUUUUCGUGAUUACAAAGUGCAGGAUGCUUCUCCGCCAAAAGUUUCUCCGCCAAAAAGUUCUUCGCCGAAAACUUCUUCACCGAAAAUCUGUGAUAUAAAUGAAGCCACGGACAAUGACAGCAGCGAGAAUUAUAUGUAUCCACAAUUUUAUCCACGAUCAAAAAUACCCCCCGGAUUAUCUUUGAAUCCGAUUCCUUCCGUUCAAAUGAUUCCGGAUCAUCGAAAUUAUUUUAUGUCCACUCAGAUCGACGCUCUUGCCAGACAUAGCUGUUCUCCCAUCCUACCAUCAAAUUAUAUAGAUCCAAAGAAGAAACAUGCAAGACCUUUUAAAAACUACCCGAUUAAUGGGCAUGGCAUCAAUUAUGUUCCCAGUUUUCCCUACGAUAUUAGCCUGUCGUUAGAUCCCAUCACCGCUCAAACGUUAAUAAACAACCCAUCCAACGAAACCUUUCAAGAAUUUAGAGCGAAACAAUUGGCUCAAAGAAGACAAGCUAGAGAGAAAACUCAGAAAGCCAAAUCGGAAACAGUUAAUAAGGACAGUAUAAUGUCAAAUGAAAGUGCCGAAUCGAAUGAAUCGAAUAACGGAGAUUCUAGAGAUGCUCAGAUGAAUCCACAACCUUCGAGUUCUACGGAAGCGUCGACUUCGAAAAAUGCCACUGUCAGGAAGCGUUCGAAAGCGUUGCCUAAUGAAUUGAAGGAUGAAGCGUACUGGGAAAGGAGAAGAAAAAAUAACGAAGCGGCCAAAAGAUCGCGAGAUGCCAGAAGAGCUAAAGAAGACGAAAUAGCCAUUAAAGCAACGUUUUUGCAGCAAGAAAAUAUGAAAUUAAGAAUAGAAAUAGCCAAUUUGAAGGAAGAAACUUCCCAACUUAAAUUAUUGUUGUAUGGAGGAACUCCUUAUUAACUUGUCAU